AUGGCCGCGCGCCUUCUCCGCCUUCUCCUCUGCCUCCUGCUACCAGGUGCCUUGCUCUCGGAUGCCGCCAAAAUCCUGACUGUGUCCUUGGUGGGGGGAAGCCAUUAUCUGCUGAUGGACCACGUGUCUCGGAUUCUUCAAGAUCAUGGUCAUAAUGUGACCAUGGUGAAACAGGAAGGACUUUCUUUGUUAUCAGAUUAUAAAGAAGAAAAGAAAACAUACCAACUUCUCAAGUGGUUCCUACAUGAAGAUUUUAAAAAAAAAUAUACAGAGUAUUUUAAUUUUUUCAUUGAAGAAUCUUUGCAUGGCAGAGCAACAUUUGAAAUCUUUUUAAAAUUCAUAGAACACCUUGCCACCCAGUGCAGUCACUUGCUGAGGAGCCGCGAUAUGAUAGAUCACUUAACAAAGGAGAACUUCGAUCUGAUCGUAAUAGAAGUUUUUGAUUACUGUCCUUUGCUGAUUACUGAGAAACUCGGGAAACCGUUUGUAUCCAUUCUUUCUUCGACAUUUGGAGUUUUGGAGUUUGGGCUCCCCACCCCUGUGGCUUAUGUUCCAGUAUUCCGUUCUUUGUUGCCGGACCGCAUGGACUUCUGGGGCCGAGUGAAGAACCUACUGCUGUUCUUAGAUUUUCAGAGGAAGCAGUGGCAACUCCGCUCAACGUUUGACAACACCAUUAGGGAGCAUUUCCCAGAAGGCUCUAGACCAGUGUUAUCUCAUCUUCUAGGGAAAGCAGAGUUAUGGUUUGUUAACUCUGACUUUGCCUUUGAUUUUGCUCGGCCCCUACAUCCUAAUACCAUUUAUGUUGGAGGCUUAAUGGCCAAACCCGUUAAACCAAUACCACAGUCCUCUCCAGCAGUUCCCCUAGCAGUCCAUGGUAUUUUCAAUAGU